CAUUCUUUCUUCCUCUUGGCUUAUAUUAGGGAUAGGGGUGUGGUUUAUUACAAAGAAUGAGUAUUUUGAUAGCUUCUCAUUCUUUGAGCUGUUCUGUAGGUUUAUAACAAAGCUUGGAAAAUACUAAAGGUUAAAAGAGAAUUGAGAGCUGCCAAGGAAAUGAAAGAUGAGGCAGGAGAGAGAGACAGAGAAGUGAGCAGCCUGAACAGCAAGCUGUUAAGCCUGCAACUUAACAUCAAGAAGCUGCAUGAUGUCUGCAAGAGACAAAGGAAGACCUUGCAAGACAAUCAGCUCUGCAUGGAGGAGGCAAUGAACAGCAGCCACAACAAGAAGCAAGCACAGGCAUUAGCAUUCGAAGAGUCAGAGAUGGAGUUUGGGUCCAAUAAACAGUGUCAUCUGAGACAACUCCAGCAACUGAAGAAAAAAUUGCUGGCCCUUCAGCAAGAACUGGAGUUUCGCACAGAGGAGUUGCAGACUUCUUACUGUUCUCUCCUGCAGUAUCAGUCCAUCCUAGAGAAGCAGACAUCCGACCUGGUUCUUCUGCACCAUCACUGCAAACUGAAAGAAGAUGAGGUGAUUCUUUAUGAGGAGGAAAUGGGAAAUCACAACAAGAGCACAGAGGAGAAGCUCCAUUUGGCACAGGAGCAACUCGCCUUGGCCGGGGACAAGAUUGCCUCCCUAGAAAGGAGCUUAAACCUCUACAGGGAUAAAUACCAGUCUUCCCUAAGCAACAUCGAAUUACUAGAAUGCCAAGUGAAGAUGUUGGAAGGGGAGCUCAGUGGGAUCAUCAGUCAGGACCCUGAGAACAAGGGUGAUCAUUCAGAGGUGCGGAUAUACACUUCUCCUUGCAUGAUUCAAGAGCAUCAGGAGACCCUGAAACGACUGUCUGAAGUCUGGCAAAAAGUCUCUGAACAGGAUGAUCUCAUUCAAGAACUUCGAAAUAAGCUGGCCUGCAGUAAUGCUUUGGUUCUGGAGCGUGAAGAGGCUUUGAUAAAACUACAGGCAGACUUUGCUUCCUAUACAGCCACACACAGAUACCCUCCUAGCUCCUCAGAAGAGUGUGAAGACAUCAAAAAGAUCCUGAAGCACUUGCAGGAGCAGAAAGACAGCCAGUGCCUGAACGUGGAGGAGUACCAGAACCUGGUGAAGGACCUGCGCAUGGAACUAGAGACCGUGUCAGAACAGAAGAAAAACAUCAUGAAAGACAUGAUGAAGCUGGAACUGGACCUGCAUGGGCUAAGGGAGGAGACAUCUGCCCACAUCGAGAGGAAGGAUAAGGACCUCGCCGUCCUGCAGUGCCGCCUGCAGGAGCUGCAGCUGCAGUUCGCCGAGACCCAAAAGCUCGCUUUGAAGAAAGACAAGUUACUCCAAGAGAAAGAUGAAAUGCUGUGUGAGCUGGAGAAGAAACUGGCACAGGUUCAGAACUGCCUCCUGAAAAAGGAAAAGGAGCUGGAGAAGCAGCAGUGCAUGACCACAGAACUUGAAAUGACCGUCAAGGAGGCUAAGCAGGACAAAUCCAAGGAGGUGGAGUGCGAGGCCCUGCAGACAGAGGUCCAGAAGCUGAAGAACAGUCUUGAAGAGGCCAAGCAGCAGCAGAGGCUGGCUGCUCAGCAAGCAGCCCAGUGCAAAGAAGCAAUGGUGCUGGCAGGCAGUAACCUGGAGGACGCCCAGAGGAAACUGCAGAACUCCCUCCUCCUGGACAAGCAGAAGGCAGACACCAUCCAGGAACUACAGCGAGAACUUCAGAAGCUGCAGAAGGAGUCCUUGAUGGCUGAGAAGGAACAAACCUCCAACAGAAAACGGGUGGAGGAGUUGUCAUCAGAACUCUCUGAAGCCCUGAGGAAGCUCGAAAAUUCAGAGAAGGAAAAGAGGCAGCUUCAGAAGACAGUGGAUGAGCAGGAUAUGAAAAUAAAUGACAUGCUUGAUCGUAUCAAGCUCAUUCAGCACCAGCAAAGGGAGCAAGUCUCCACUCAAUGCAAGUUAGAAGAUGAUCUUCAGGAGGCCACAAAGCUACUGGAGGAGAAACGGGAGCAGUUGAAGAAGAGCAAAGACCAUGAGAAGCUGAUGGAGGAAGAACUUGAAGCUUUGCGGCAGGAAUUUAAAAAGAAAGACAAGACGUUGAAAGAGAAUUCCAGAAAGUUGGAGGAAGAAAAUGAGAAUCUUCGAGCAGAACUACAGUGUUGUUCUACACAACUGGAAUCCUCUCUUAACAAAUACAACACCAGCCAGCAAGUCAUCCAAGACUUGAAUAAAGAGAUAUCCCUUCAGAAGGAGUCCUUAAUGAGCCUGCAGGCCCAGCUGGACAAAGCUCUGCAGAAGGAGAAGCAUUAUCUCCAGACCACAAUCACCAAAGAAGCCUAUGACGCGUUAUCCCAGAAGUCAGCGGCCUGCCAGGAUGACCUGACACUAGCCCUUGAGAAGCUCAAUCAUGUGACCUCGGAGACAAAGAGCCUGCAGCGAAGCUUGACACAGACCCAAGAGAAGAAAGCCCAGCUGGAGGAGGAAAUCGUUGCUUAUGAGGAAAGGAUGAAAAAACUCAAUAUAGAAUUAAAGAAAUUGCAGGGCUUCCACCAGGAAAGUGAGCUAGAGGUGCACGCCUUCGACAAGAAGCUAGAGGAGAUGAGCUGCCAGGUGCUUCAGUGGCAGAAGCAACACCAGAAUGACCUCAAGAUGCUGGCAGCCAAAGAGGAGCAGCUCAGGGAGUUCCAGGAGGAGAUGGCUGCCCUGAAAGAGAACCUCCUUGCAGAUGAAAAGGAGCCCUGCUGCUUGCCCCAGCGGUGUGUGCCCAAAGACACCUGUAGGCUCCACAGAGAGAAUGAUCAGAUUAUGACCAACCUGGAGCAAUGGGCGAAACAGCAGAAGGUCGCCAAUGAGAAACUAGGAAACAAGCUCCGAGAGCAGGUGAAAUGCAUCGCCAAGCUGACUGGUGAAAAGGACCACCUCCACAAUGUAAUGGUCCACCUACAGCAGGAAAACAAGAAGCUGAAGAACGAGAUAGAAGAGAAGACGAAAGCUGAGAACACGAGGCUCUGCACCAAAGCCCUAAGCCCGAGCAGAACGGAGUCCACACCGAGGGGGAAGGUGUGCGGCACCUUGGGCUGGAAGGGGUUGUCCCAGGACAUGGGUCAAAGAAUGGACCUCAGCAAGUACAUUAGGAUGCCCCACUGCCCAGGUUCCUCGUAUUGCUAGAAUCCGUGUCUAGCCCUGAGCCACAUUUCCACGCGUGUUUCUUCAGAGGAUAGUGAGUUCCCAGCCCUCUCUCUUGACCUGGAUCAGCUCUUACAGGAAUAUAUCAAGGUUCCAGCUAUGUUGUAAGAUGCUAACAUUUUGUUGAGUUUAGGCUGCUUCCUGCAAUGGAGUGAGCUUUAGAACCUUACUACCAUCUCCAGGCCCAAACUCUGAAAUAAAGACAUGAGCAUGAGCACA